GGUGACAGGUCGCCGCGGUCUGGCGGAGGCGGAGCGUAGGCCGCAGCACAGACCCGAGCCGCGGGCCGCGCGGACCCCGGCGGGGCGGCUCGCAGCCCCCGCACAGAGCGCGCGGCGGCCGCGGGGCGUGGCCGGCGGACGCCAUCGCGUAGCUACGGGCUGGCGGCGACGGCGGCGGCCUGGUAGGGCUGCUGCGGAGUCUCACAGCCCGCCGCUCGCCCACUGCCAGCCCGCCUUGUUCCGCGCCGGUCCCCUGCGGCGGCGCGCGCGGCCAGCUGGGCGGGGCGGCUCCGAGGAUGAGGAGGCGACGGCGCGCCGGGACGAUGCUCCGGAGCUGAAGAGACACUCGCACACCGCGCAGCGGCCGAGGACAGCGCCGACCCGCGGGAUGGCUCAGCCGCCGGGCCCAGCGGGUGGCACGGAGCCGCCAGCACAGCAGACGGGCGCCGAGGGGCCGCCAGACCCCGGAGCUGCAGGGGGCCCCCAGGACGCGCUGAGCCUGGAGGAGAUCCUGCGGCUCUACAACCAGCCCAUCAACGAGGAGCAGGCGUGGGCCGUAUGCUACCAGUGCUGCGGCUCCCUGCGCGCCGCGGACGCCGGCCGCUGCCAGCCUCGCCGCCGCUUGCGUUCGGCGGCGCAGAUCCGCGUCUGGAGGGACGGCGCCGUCACCCCGGUGCCCAACGAGGCCGGAGAGCCGCCAUCAGCCGCAGGUAAAUUGGGAUAUUCACAUUGUACAGAAACAGAGGUUAUUGAAUCUUUGGGAAUUAUUAUUUAUAAGGCACUGGACUACGGUUUGAAGGAGAAUGAAGAAAGGGAAUUAAGCCCUCCUCUGGAGCAGCUCAUUGAUCACAUGGCCAACACAGUGGAAGCCGAUGGUAGCAAUGAUGAGGGCUAUGAGGCCGCAGAUGAAGGCCUGGAUGAUGAAGAAGAUGAAAAGAGAAAACUCGCAGCUGUCCUGUCCUAUACAGACGUCAUGAAGUUAUGUGCUGCUCAUCUCCCAACUGAAUCAGAGGCACCAAAUCAUUAUCAGGCAGUAUGUCGUGCACUGUUUGCAGAAACAAUGGAGCUGCAUACAUUUCUGACUAAAAUUAAGAGUGCAAAGGAGAAUCUUAAGAAGAUUCAAGAAAUGGAAAAGAAUGAUGAAUCUAACACAGACUUGGAGGAGCUGAAAAAUGCUGACUGGGCUAGAUUCUGGGUACAGGUGAUGAGAGAUUUGCGAAAUGGAGUAAAACUUAAAAAGGUCCAAGAGCGGCAGUACAACCCUUUGCCCAUUGAAUAUCAGCUCACCCCUUAUGAGAUGCUAAUGGAUGACAUCCGAUCUAAACGAUAUACUUUGCGGAAAGUGAUGGUGAAUGGUGAUAUUCCCCCUCGGUUAAAAAAAAGUGCACAUGAAAUCAUCCUGGACUUCAUUAGAUCAAGACCUCCUUUAAAUCCAGCCUCAGCCAGAAAACUGAAACCCACUCCACCACGGCCACGGAGCCUUCACGAAAGAAUAUUGGAAGAAAUCAAAGCAGAAAGAAAGCUGCGGCCUGUCUCACCAGAGGAAAUUAGACGUAGCAGAUUAGCAAUGCGGCCACUUAGCAUGUCUUACAGUUUUGACUUGUCAGAUGUAUCUGCCCCUGACUCUCCAAAGAACAUUGUGGAAUCAUCAAUGGUGAAUGGAGGUUUAACAUUACAAACAAAAGAAAAUGCGAUAAGUGCUGCACAGCAGGUGCCUGUGCAGCGGAAGAAGCUCCUCAAAGCUCCUACUCUGGCUGAACUGGACAGUUCUGACUCUGAGGAAGAAACCCUGCACAAGUCAGCCAGCAGCAGCAGUGUGUCUCCCUCCUUCCUUGAAGAUCCUUUAUUGGAGGCUGUGUCUGCAAAAAAGAAGCCUCCAAAAUUCUUGCCCAUAUCAUCAACACCCCAGCCAGAAAGACGGCAGCCACCCCAGAGACGGCAUUCCAUUGAAAAGGAAACACCUACUAAUGUGAGACAGUUUCUGCCACCAUCCAAACAGAGCUCCCGAUCUCUUGUUCCUAGGAUAACCAGUGUAUGGCCAAGGACGCCUUUCCGACCCCUUUUUUCUACCAUACAAACAGCUUCUCUGCUCAGCUCGCACCCUUUUGAAGCAGCCAUGUUUGGGGCAGCAGGGGCUAUGUAUUAUCUCUGUGAGAGAGCUUUUACCAGCAGGUGGAAAUCCUCAAAGGAGGAAUUCUGCUACCCAGUGGAAUGCCUAGCUCUUACUGUGGAAGAAGUGAUGCAUAUUCGUCAAGUCCUGGUGAAGGCAGAGCUGGAAAAAUACCAACAAUAUAAAGAUGUCUACACUGCUCUGAAAAAAGGAAAGCUCUGCUUUUGUUGCCGAACCAGGAGAUUUUCCUUCUUCACCUGGUCUUAUACCUGUCAGUUCUGUAAGAGGCCGGUGUGCUCACAGUGUUGCAAAAAGAUGCGGCUGCCCUCCAAGCCAUACUCCACUCUUCCUAUCUUUUCAUUGGGACCUUCUGCCUUGCAAAGAGAAGAAAGUUCCAUGAAGCCAGAAAAACCACCCAGUAGCCACCAUCGGCCACUUCGGAGCAUUGCCAGGUUCUCCUCAAAAUCUAAGUCUGUGGACAAAUCCAGUGAAGAACUACAACUUCCAAAAGAGUUAAUGGAGGACUGGAGUACUAUGGAGGUGUGUGUGGACUGCAAAAAGUUUAUUUCAGAAAUCAUCAGUUCAAGCCAGCACAGCCUGUUGUUGGCCAACAAGAGAGCCCGAUUAAAAAGGAAAACACAGUCUUUCUAUAUGUCCUCUCCAGGCCCCUCGGAAUACUGCCCUUCGGAGAGGACUAUCAAUGAAAUAUGAGCCCCGUGCCUUUCAGUUGUUUUUGUGUUCAGAGUUAGCAUUAGCACGGGAGAACACUGAGCUGGACUGUCUUUCCUGGCUGUGGUGUUAGUUAAGAGGCUUGAAUUUGCAUUAGAUCAGGUUUUUGCUGCAUUGCAUUGUUCCAUAGACUGAAUGCUGUGUUCGUACCAAUUGGUGAUAUGUGACAGGUCAGCCAAUUGCUUAUUUACACUGAGAGAGAACAAUAGUUUGAAACUU